CUACACUGUUGUCACUUCGACACCUGCAUCUACAUCAAUCAACACAACUGACAUCAAUUCACUCACAUCUAUGCUCCUUUUGCGAACUGUGCAAGACCUCACUCGUGAGACAACUACCCCUUUGACACCACACCCAGCUCGAGCUACAACCUCACUCCCUGUACCUGGAAUCAUAUCACCUCCUGCACUGACACCUUCGAUGCUCACCCGUUUUUUGAAGCAUGCUGAGGACCACCUUGGUGUUGCAUUUGCUACAACAUACGAAUCUUCCCUACGUGGUAUUGGUGCAGGGCCAGAUAUACUUGCAGAAAUGGCUGACCAGGAUCUCGUUCGAGUUGGUCUCAGUGCAGGUGAUAUUAUUCAGCUGAAAAAAGGCAGCAUUACAUGGUGGAAUGGCCCUCUUGCAAAGAAUACAGCAAAAUGACAACGCAGUGAUACCUCUGAGUCAAAUGUUCCUGAAUUGAAGAAAUUCCAGUAUGAGAGGAGAUACCAUGAUGGGGGACGAGCACGCAUCAGUGGAAGUUGUAUGAAAUGUGAUGAACGUGCACCUGACAAGCAACCAGAACUCGACUAUGAUCUUUAUUACUUCUGCGAAAACAGGCAGAGUUGGGUUAUCUUCCCUCCAGGGUACACUUUCGAGUCUGAGGGUGAUCACGAAGAUGUAGAAGAUCCUUUUAUUUAG